CACAGCGCCGCUCUUUUGCCGCUUGCUGUACCGGUUGAAGUUCGCCUCACCAACGAAGCAGGGGUUUAAUUUCGCGUUGUUUUUCUAAUUAUAAGCGCAUUAACAAUACCCUACGUUAAUGACUGAAGCUUGACGUCUAAUUGUUAUUGGGGUUUAAAGGUUGAAGGUUAAAGGAAGUGCUGUUUGUAAUCAACCGGGGAAGUUUGAAGCGGUAAAGAAGAAGAAAGCGCGAAGAGAGCUGAUGGGGUUACUUCAAGUCCUGGAUCCGGAAGAUACACCUGAAAAGGGAGUAUGGUAUGCACUUGUCCCAAGUGGAGAAGGGCCAGGAAUCCGAGUUGGCCAUACAUGUGUAUAUAUACCAGAGACAGCUGAUGCUUGUAGUAAAGGAAGAAUCAUUAUCACGGGAGGUGCGAACCCAAGUGGAACGUUUUCUGAUUCCUAUAUUUUAGAUUUAGAUAAACAUGAGUGGGAUAACCCAGAAUGGGAGGGUUUGCUCCCAAGGUAUGAGCAUGCAAGCUUUGUCCCGGAGCAGAACCCUAAAAACAUUUGGGUUUUUGGUGGAGCGGAGCAAAGUGGCAAUCGAAACUGCCUUCAGUCACUGGAUUUAGAGGCUGGAAGGUGGAAAAGUGUGAAAGUGUCUGGGGUGCCACCAUCUGCACGCACCUACCAUACGUUCUCUGCUUCCAUUGGUGACCGACUGUAUGUCUUCUCUGGUGGUGAUGUAGGAGCAGAGCCAGUCCAGGAUGUACAGCUUCAUGCUUUUGAUACAGUCACAUCAACAUGGUCACAGGUGAACACUCAAGGAAAGCCCCCAAGCCCACGACAUGGACAUGUUGUGGUUGCCGUUGGUGCAAAACUUUUCAUUCAUGGGGGUCUAUCUGGAGAUCGAUUUUACAAUGACAUGUACAGCAUAAACACAGACCAUAUGAAAUGGGAGAAGGUGAAAGCAAAAGGAGACAUCCCCAUUGGCUGUGCUGCUCACAGUGCCGCCUCCCUGGGGAAGUUCAUCUACGUCUUCGGUGGCCUGAGUGCAGACGGAGCCCUAAACUCCAUGUACAAAUUCCACACAGACAAACAACACUGGACAUUUUUGAGAUUCUCUGACAAUUCUCCUUCAAAGAGACUUGACCACGCCAUGUGUGUAAUCCCAUGGCGCCUGAGGAGCCAACCUUGUGCACUUCAUUCAGAAGCCGAUUUUCCUACAGAAAAACAAAUGGCCAGGGCCGAGGCGGUUGAUGCCAGUGCACUUGUGGACCCUCCUACACACAAACAAGAGAUGGUGCACCUUUGUCUUAUAUUUGGUGGAAUGGACACAGAAGGGAACGUUUUCAAUGACUGUGCUGUGACGAUACUCGACUGAGAAGACUGAACUGUACAUUAAAACCAUGAAGCUGAA